AUGAGGGUCUCGUCGGCAUUUAUGGACCUCCCCGCCCCCGAUAUCAACCCCGGGUGCCCCCAGAACGUCCAUGAGGGCAACAUAUUUGACCAUGAGGGUGUCUCCGAGGCGAUCCAACCAUUACCAUACCACCCGGAGCUUAUAGCUGACAAUAUACCCUGGGCAACAUGGGGAUCACCAGCACCGCUUCAGGAAGAGGCAGUUUGGACAACAGCUGGGGCAAUGGAAACGGGUCAGCAAAAUGCCAGCGCUGCCGUAGCUUCAAAUCGGACUCGAUCUAGCCGUCGUAUUACUCAGACAGCUGCUCGAGAAGCUGAGCCUGUGACAACAAAGGGGCCAACUGUCAAAGCGGCAGCAAAAAAGCGGAAGCGUCUGAACCGUCAGGUGAAUAUAGUCUGCACCGGCUGUUACCGAGGACACAGCCCCUCGAACAAUUUGAUUGUUCUAUGUGACUCGUGUGAUGCUCCGUGGCAUCAGAGAUGCCACAAUCCGAAUAUUGGUAAUGAGGUCAUCGAAAUCCCGGAGAUGAAUUGGUUUUGCAUCAAGUGUAAACCUGAACAACGUCAGACAGGCCAGAGGAAAUUUCGAAAGAAUGCAACGAGAGCGAAAAAGGUCGGACGCCCGAAGAAGCCAGUGUUUGGAUCUCAAAUUGGUGGAAAUUAUUAUACGGAAGAAGAACGACGAGCGUAUCUGUCCUCUCUUUCGCAUGAUUCGCUAGUCCAGCUUGUAGUGAAAGUCUCAAACGAGUGGCCGUCGGUUCCUAUGUUUCCCCCGGACAUGCAACCCGUGACUGGUUUCACUCCGUCACCUUCUGCGAUACCACACAAUCAUCAAGCGCCCAAACCUACACCGAAGAACAACGCUCGUUCUGCAUUACUUGAUUGGGAACAUCUAGAACCCAUGUCUCAGAACGCUAACGCCAUGGAUUCAAAACAACGAAUCAGCGAGACUGCUGAUGCUGCCCUGGAUGCCGAUAAAACCUUUGCUGCAAUGGUCUCCGAUUCUGUCCCCGAACCUGCUCCUCCAGCGGCUCUUGGUGGCAUCCCUACGGGCCAGAUUUUCGCCGGAAAAGCUCACACGCAUGCUUGCACAACUGCUCCCCAGGCUUAUACCACAACAACUUCGCAGACCCCUUCAAGGGCGACGCGCAGAUUUACAUCUCAAGCUGCUCCUGCAGCUAGACGUGCUCGCAAGGCCUCUUUCGUUUCCUCGAACUCUGACCUGCUCACCGACGACGAGUCAUCAUACUCCCAAUCCCGACAACAAUCCCCCACUCUGUCUGCGUCUCAGUCUUCACACGUCGCAUCCCAGCAUGAAUCAGAUUAUGACCCUGAAGAUUACCGCGCUUACCCCGAAGCUGGUCAGGGCUUCCAGGUGCCGUUAACCCCAAGCGAUCUCGACAUCAUGGCUGAGGAUAAGGAUUGCCUUACCUUCAGUCAUUCUAUCCGACUCCCAGCUAAAGAGGCUCAGAAUAAGAAGCCUUAUUCGCCUUUGGGUCAGCGCAAGCAGUGGUGA